CCAACACAAUUUCAGCAACUUCUAAGUGAUAUGUUUCAUUAUAAAACAAUUUCACAUACUAUAACUACAUUUGCAUAGGAAGGGUAAAAGAUUAUCCUGAUGUUACGUAAGCUACGCUUCUAGGCAAGCGCCGUCGACUACAGCGCCGCAGCACAGCCAAUCAGCGCUCAGAUGCAAGGCAAACCAAAAUGGAGGUGCGCUACUGCAGAAUAUGUGGACAGUAGCCAUGUCAUGAAUCAUAGCUGUUUAUUAUGUUGCAUCUACCUGAAGGAGCUGAGAGAGGGGACGUUAUAAACAAAGUCGACUUCAGGUUGAUUUGGGAAGAGUUCAUCUAAAACAGAAUGACGCAGGCAGUAGCCGAGGACACAGAAACCUCCCUUACGGAGGGGCUGGAAUCAAUGGGGGUACGGGAGGCUGAUAAAACGGAUAAGUUGAACCAGGGCGAGGGGGACAAAGCGACACAAAAUGACAAGAUGGACGAGGCGAACGAAACAAUGGAAGAGACACAGAAAGAAGAUGAAGAUAAAGACGCCAUGGUGGAAGAUGAGCAGAAGGAAGGGGUCAAAGGUGAGACAGAGAUGGAGGUGAGAGAGGGCAAGGAGCAGAACGGUGACGGCGACUGGGAGAUCCCUUACAGCGACGAGGAGAUGGAAGACCCCAAAUCCUGGAUGCCGCCGCCUCAGGAGAUCAAACGCCUCUACGAGCUGUUGGCCAAGGGGGACGUGCUGGAGCUCAACUGGGUAGCGCUUCCUCGCCGGCCCCCAACGCCACCCCGCACGCCCUCCCCUGAGAGGGACGGGGAGGAGUCCCUGGAGCCCCAGGAGGAUGACAACCAGAACAGGGAUGUGGAGCCCACUGAGUUUGACUUUGACGAGGAACAGACACCCAAGAACGCCUUCAUCAACCGCCGCAGGACCCCAGGGUCCUCAGCACGGUCUACAGUUCGCCGCGAGGCUCGGAUGGACAAGGUCCUCUCAGACAUCAAACGGCACCGCAGGAUCGACGAACAGCUCCUCAGGAGCGGACGCGACCUCUUCAAGAGCGACAAGUCCCGUUCGGCACCGCCCCCGAAGGAGCCCCUGUCUCCCAACAGCCAACGGGAGCGCGAGAGGGACAAAGACCCCAGCACAGUCUUCAGCCCUCGCCAGAGGCGAUACUGACCACUGACCACACCCCGGCACAGUCCUCGGCCGUCGCCUCGGAGACGCUGAUGAUGGCCCACGGCAGCGGCUCACACAGAGGCCAGGGCCACAUUAGACCAGGCCCAGUACCAGCGUGUGUGUGCGUGCGUGUAUGAAAGUGUGUGUAUGUGCAAGAAUGAAGUGCAGCCACGGAUUUUUAAGAAGUUGCCAAACCUGAAUUUUAUCCCAUACAAUGGCAUUAAUAAUGCAACAGUUGAUGCUGGCUUUUAUAAUAGGUGGAUAUGUUUGUGUGUCCGUUUUCUAUGACCGUAAUAAAUGUUGAUGUUUUUUCCAGGGG